AUGAAAUGGUAUCACUUUCAUUGCGUUGGAGUCGACAGCAAUGUGGCUGACAUAAGCUGGAGCUGCGAGAUUUGUAGGCACGGCGGGUCAACUGCGAACGCGCAACCGACAGCAUCGUCAUCGCCAACUACCAACCAAAGUAAACGGCAAGUGCAUUUUCCAACAUCGGUCUCGACAACAGCAGGGAAAGCAGAUUUCCCGCGCAAUCCGCAACAAAAUGUGGUUGCUGCAACCACAACGGCUGCGUCUUUAACAACCGCCACGAAUAUGCCAGUACCAAUUACGUUUCCGACUAUGCUACCUGCCACCGCCACAAACUCAUCGCUGUCAAAUUUAACAUCUGCAUGCUGGGAUUUCCAACCUACUGCACCACAUGCCUCAUUGCAGGGCCGCCAAUUUCCCACGAUGACAACAGGGCGUUAUUCAACGCUCCCGGCAACGGCAUCUUUAAAAGAAGUCGUAUCUAGUAACAUAGCAUAUUCUUCAGCAGAUACCAUGUCUCGCGAACCGAAAAUAGUUGAAGGGCAAGGUGCACCAAAUGUCCAUUUGGCACGGGCGCCUUACAAUCAGGAGGUACACAGAAAGCUCCAGCUAGAACGUUUGGAGGAAGAGAUGAGGAUUCAGCAACAGUACUUGGAUAACAAGUACAAAAUUCUAUCUCAGUAUGACGAGUUACUUCCAACCAACAAUUCAUUUUUUACUGUGACCAACAGUUCUUCACCGUCACAAUUGGCCGCAAGACAAGCUAUCCCCAAGCAGCUCCCGACUUUUAACGGAGAUCCGGACGAGUGGCCGCUUUUCAUUAGCAGCUUUGAAAACAGCGCCACUGUCGCCGGGUACACCGAAGCUGAGAAUUUGAUACGACUACAAGCGAGCCUUAAAGGUAAAGCGCGUGAGAUGGUAAAGAGUAAACUGUUUAUGCCAUCCAUGGUACCUGAAAUUAUCAAAACCCUCAAGAUGUGUUUCGGUCGACCGGAGUAUAUUCUGGAGCAGGCGGUGAAUCGAGCUCGUGGUCUUCCGCCGGUGAAAGACAAAUUAGAGGCUCUUAUUGAGUUUGCACUUUGUGUGCGAAAUAUUUGUACUACCAUGGAAGGAUGCCAAAUGUAUAUGCAUUUACAUAACCCACUGUUGGUUAAGGAGCUGGUGCACAAGCUUCCAAACAAUCAAAAGUUAAGCUGGGCAGUUCACCCUAAAAACGAUGAAAUACCUGUAGUGAAGCAAUUUAGUGAGUGGUUGUACAGCUUAGCUGAAGCCGCAAGUACCGUAGUCAGCUUAGCGCCAACUAAUACGCGCAUGGUCAACACUCAUACCGUCGAUAUGACCCGAGAACGUAUGCAAGCAGAACAAAGAGCAGACCAAAACAAGCAGUGUAAAGUUUGCAAGAGCUACGAACACAAAGUAGCGCAAUGUGAAGUCUUUAAAAAUUUUUCACUACAACGCAAGUGGGAAGCAGUGAAGGCUAACAACCUUUGUCGCCAAUGCCUCAACCCACAUAGACGCAAAUGUUACUUAAACAGGAUCUGCGGUAAAGAUGGAUGUACAGUCAAACAUCAUCCUUUGCUCCAUAAAUCGGUAAUGAACCAAAGUAAACCAGUAAGUACUGCGAUUGAAUUCUCAGAUGCCACGGUAAACACCCACGGCAACGAAAGAAACCAACCUCUUUUCCGAAUCGUGCCAAUUUAUAUUCAUUCCAAAAUCAAAACAAUAAAAAUAUUUGCAUUUUUAGACGAGGGCUCAUCCGUCACGUUAAUGGAAAGAAAGAUAUUUGAUGAACUCGACUUGGUUGGUGAACAAGACCCUUUAUGUCUGCGAUGGACAGGAAACACUACGCGCGUUGAGAAGAACUCUGUAAGGGCUGCUAUUGAAAUUUCAAGUAUGACAAAUAAGCGAAGGUAUAUUUUGAAUAACAUUCACAAAGUCGACGACGUCGAUCUACCGGCACAAUCGAUCGACGCGUUUGAGUUGCAGAAAAUGUAUCCACAUCUAGCAGGUCUACCGAUCGCCUCAUAUGAGAACGUUAAACCAUCGAUGUUAAUCGGCGUUGAUAACUGGAAGCUCGCGGUUCCUCUCAAAAUAAGAGAAGGAACUUGGUCACAACCCAUAGCUUCGAAAACUCACUUGGGGUGGGCGCUGCAGGGAUGCGACGUUGGUUGUACGGAAGAAUGCUAG